UGGCGAUAUCGAGCGCGCGCUGUUUAAACUGAUUGCCAAGGGCAACACCGCUUGCACGGUGACCAAAACAAUGACAAAAUGCUCCCCAAUCCCCAACAAUUAGCCACCCUGUUGCCAGUCGAAUUCCAAACACUUUCACUUGGAGACUGCCGUCAUGUCACACACCGUCAUGUUCUAUGUGCGACUCGAGCUGCAGCUUCACGCGCUCACUUGUCCAGGGGUUUGGCUUUGCUCGCACGGCUAUCUGGAGGCAACUGUCAAGACACUUGGAUAUUAUUUUCGCACAGGCGCCAUGGAGCCUCGAUUUCCCAUGCUGUGUCACGACCACUUCAACAUGGAGGGCUACUUCAAGAGCGUCGACUCGUUGGAGAAAAUGCGUGAGAUGCUGAACGCCGAACAGCUUGAGAUAACAUUGUGGCAAAACGGAAGACGCCUAGCCUACUACAUAGGCAAGCUAGCCGAUGUAAUGCAACCACCUAUUCCACGCCUCAGUUGCGCUCACAAUCACAAUGUGCAGCUGCUAAUGAAAGCGACGACUGCCUUUCCAGGCAUUCUGGCACCCAAGGUGGAGCUGUCAGCUGAACUGCAGACGCAGGACAAACAGCGCAACAGCUGCCACAUUGAUCUGCAGCGUCCACUAAACAAUCGCCAUGUGGAGAGCCGUUGCCUAAGUCGCUUGGAGAUGCCUCGCAAGCAACAAGCUGUGUGUCAUGCCAAGCAAUCUAAUUGCUGGCCCAGCAGCGCAAGCUGCAGUUACUCCACAUCGCCAGGUAGUCGGAGACUGUCGACUUGUUCGAACAGCACUCAGUUGAGUGCAGAUUCUCAGACCUCCAGCUGGACGCAGUGCAGCCACGCGACUACGACGGACUUGGGUGGCACAACAGAGCAUCAGAGCAGCAAUUGUCACAUUUGCCAGGCUUACAGUCGCUUAUUUGGCCAAGUUUAAUAUUAAAAUACAUACAUGCACUUAUAAUUUAAUUUGAAUAACAAUACAAAAAAUGGACUUAAAGAUAGACAGCAAAAUCAGACUGCGCAAAGACUUGGGCAAUGAGGGUAAUGAUGAGAUUGUAAGGCGCUGCACGUUCCAGUUCCGUCUCUUGCAACAUAUUCCGAUGCAGCACAGCGGCGCGUCCAAUGCAACGCAAAGUGCUGAACACGUGCGGCUCCAGCGGCAGAUGCAGACAAACCAGGGUGGCAUAAAGCCAUCGUGCCAGCCAAGUGUCGCGCCAUAAAUCAAAGGGUUGCGCGCUGGCCGAGGUGCUGGGCUCAUCACUGGACUCCUGCUCCGGUUGUAGCCACUUGCAGAGCAGCUCUAGGAGCAGCUCCAAGUCGUUUUGGCUCAGACGGAGCAAGGUGCUCAGCAGCGGCUGUUGUUGCUGGCAGAACUGCAACCACUUUGCGGCAUCUGUGGUCAAUGGUGGCUCCACUUUUUGGUCGUAGUGCUGGGCAUCUAGCUCACCGCGCAAGGUGGUGACACGUUGACGCGCCUCCUGGAAACUCUUGACCUGGACAUUGCGCCACUCUGGUGUUGGCAGCAGGCACUUGUGCGGCGGCAGUGGAGGCUAAAGAGAACAUUCACUUUACUCAAUUGAGGACAACAAUAUGCUAACAACUUACGCUUGCAACCAUUUCGAUGUUGUUGCACACAUCGCUUUUAAUUUUGGCGGAACGUUUGGUCACAAUAGCUGGGCAACGUUUGCGUUCGUAAAGCAUGUGCAUUAGAUACUCCUCGCCGUUCUGUGGCUGCUUCUCGGGAUCAAAGUUUUCAUCUGGCUCCUGUAUUUCCAAAGCUUGCAACUGAAACGAUUCUUCUUCGGUUUGCAUUUUGAUCAACGAAAUAAA